GGCAUGUACGACCAGCUCGAGAAGGAGGGCUGCCCGGAGUACCGCUGCGAUUUUACCUACGACAGAAACAGGCUUAGUGAAGCCGAUGCCAUUCUCUUCAAGUCUGACGACAUCCGAAUGGACGACCUGCCCAGCCUGCGCCUACCCCACCAGCGCUGGGUGUGGGUGGAGGUGGAGGCGCCUCUCAGCCAGCGCGGGAUCAACGCCAUGAGCAUCGUCGACGAACUCGGAAGUCACAACAUCAACUGGACCAUGUCUUACCACUCGUCCUCGGAGGUCGUUGGCAUGAACGGAUACCUGUACACUCUCAAGUUCCCGAUUCAACCGCUGCGUUCGAACCUGAUAGCCGACCACCGACCCACCAUGAGCAUGUACCUGCAGGCUCUGGAGUCCAACACGUCCCUGGAAGCCAUCAUGGGUCCCAGCUGGAGGAGCUUCGUGACACGGCCCAAGCUCGUGGUCUGGAUGUCCAGCCACUGCCCGACGUCCUCUCGCAGGGAGGACUAUGUGGCGGAACUCCAGAAGUACAUUCACGUGGAAGUCUUCGGGUUCUGCGGGAAAUUCCAGUGCGGGGAACACUUCGAUGCGUUCGGGUCCACUUGCUGGGAAAGGAGACUCCGGCCGCAGUAUCUGUUUUACCUCACUAUGGAAAACAGCCUCUGUGACGAAUACAUCACCGAGAAGUUAUAUAACCCGCUAAUACAUGGGCUUGUUCCUGUCGUUUAUGGAUUGUCUGACUACCAGAAAUUUCUGCCUCCUCACUCCUACAUAAACGCUCGCAAUUACCAUCCUCGCGAACUGGGAGACAUUUUGACGGCGUUGCAGCGAGAUCCCGUCGCGUAUGGGAAAUACCACGUCUGGCGAGGCUAUUGGAAAGCGAUGUUGCCGGGGAGCAUGUGCGAGCUGUGCCAUCGCCUCCACAACGACUUCCACACCGGCCACCACAUCGACAUCCCGAGGUGGCGAGAGGAGAACGAGAGAUGCUACGACGCCCCCGUGGAGAUGUUCAAGGACGACGGCUGGCGGCAGGUGGUUCAGCCCGAGGAGCCGAAGGAGGAGGGAGGCAUUAUCCAGGAAGAUCACGUCUUUGUGCUUGCUCUCUUUUGUCUCCUGGGCUCGGCGCUGUUGUUGGUCUUCAGGCAGUGAUGAGGGUUAUUGAAGAGGUUUUUUUUCUUUCUUUUUCUUUUGCUGGAUGUUACGUUAUGGCAAGAUAGAUCCAUGAAGAUCUUGUCAGUUUGUGUUAUUUUCUUUGCUUCAAUUUAUCUGUUAAUAUGUCAUUGUACUGUCACAUUCCUUAGUUGGAAUUUCUGUAUUUUCACUGUCUGGUGUAGCAUAUUUCCUAUGCAAAUAUGCUGCAAACUGUAUGAAUAGAAUUAUUUUAAUACUUUAUAGAACACCAGAGCUUGUGUUGCUUUCCCUUUAAAUCAAGAAAUGCCCUCUCUGUAUCUAUUAAUAUUUUAUGCUUCCCAUUACUCCUUUAGUAACAAGAAAAAUAGUGGGGAUAUAGAUAUUCAAACUGUACAAUGAUAUAUGGUGUAAUCACAUUUUGUCCACAUUUCAUACAUUUCAUAAUGCAUAUAAAGUGAAAACACUAUAUAUAUAUAAAUGCAAAUUAUUAUAUUCAGCUUCCUUCUUAUUUAUUCAGAAAUCUCGUUCUUCUUCAAUUAUUAAAAAGCUAACAGGUUCAUAUACAGUAUUCCUGUUCAUUUA